AUAGCUGCAGCUGUCCUAAAUAGACCUUAAAAGUGUGCUCAUGUAUCUUUUGUUGGAAGAUAAAAGAGAGGCAUUUAGAUAUGCUGUAAAGAGAGAAUGUUUCAGAACUCUCUAAACAUUCUCCAACGAUAGAGAUAGAAAGAGAGAGAGAGAGAGAGAGAGAUGCAGGGAGUAGAGAGAGAACAGCAGCGGCGGGGUGUGAAGGAUUGUGGGCAGAUUGAUGGCGAAGUGAGAGAAAAUGAAGAGAGAGAAGAGGAGGAAAUGCAGAGAUCAGCACUCUCUGUGUUCAGAGCCAAGGAAGAAGAGAUUGAGAGGAAGAGAACAGAGGUUAGAGAGAGAGUUUUCUCUCAGCUGGGCAGAGUUGAGAAGGAAUCCAAACGUUUGGCAGAAAUCCGAGCCGAGCUUGAAGGAAUGGCUGAUCCCACCAGAAGGGAAGUUGCAGCACUUAGGAAGAAGAUUGACACAGUGAAUCACCAGCUGAAGCCACUUGGACACAACUGCUUGAAGAAGGAGAAGGAAUAUAAAGAUGCUGUUGAUGCAUUCAAUGAGAAGAAUAUGGAGAAGGCUCAAUUAGUCAAUAGAUUAAUGGAG